AUGCCCUCCUUCUCCGGCGAAUCCUACCAGACGGGCACGGUGACCACAACAGCUACCCAUCCUCCGCGCUCGUUCGAAUCGCCGAACCGCAAGUCUCACGAGAAAAGUUCGGUCGGAAACGCUUUCCUGUGGACCAACUGGCCCAACGGCGACGCCAACCACGACACCCACCAGAAUGACCACCCAGUAAUCACCAAUUUGAAGGACGGCAGCGCAUAUUCUUUGAAUGGCCCCCAGUCCAGCAUCGGCUCAUACACGCGCGACCUGCCGCACUCCAAGGACGGCAGCAUGCACUCGCUAGGCAAUGGCUCGGCCAAGGACCCUCGGGACACUGGCCGGCCGGCCAUGCUGGAUCGCAAGUCGUCGGACGCUGGACCGGGAGCAGGCUCCGCGACAGCGUCGAUCACGAGCCAACAGGUCAAUGGAGGCACGACGUGGAACCACCGCUCCGGCCAGGGGAAGGCGAUGGUCAACGGCGACUUCCACCGCCCCUCCGCCGAUGAACCCGCCAUGUCGGAUCGGGCGACGAGCCCGUCGACCUCCCUCUUACAGAUCCCCAAUUCCGAAGACGCCGGUCGUCUCUCUCCCGACCCGGACCGAUUGUCCCCGGGUCCGAAACCCAGCCAUCACCGCUACUCCUCCCCUCCUGCUCCCAUUUCCGCCGACAACGCCCUCAUGCAGGACACCCCGCAGUCGAGCAUGCGACAUCGACACUCGCUACAAGUUCCGAGAGCGCCCAGUGGCCGGCGGAGUAGUCGAGACCAAGGCGAAGACACUGCGUACGCUAGUGGCCGACUCUCGCCCACAUCUGCCGGACCUCGCCGCACGUCAUUCAGUCUAAUUCGACGGGCCACGCGAACACAGUCGGAUAUACCCUUGGAUGAUACCCCACCCGAUGAGGAGGCCGCACGGUGGGCGGAAGCGAUCAAACAAAAGCGAGCAUCACGGCGACGACGCGAGGAUGAUGACGAUGAACGAGUCAUCGUGGGCACCAAGGUCGACCAGAACCACGUCAAUUAUGUCACCGCAUACAACAUGUUGACAGGUAUCCGGUUUACGGUAUCCCGCAUCAACGCGAAGAUGGACCGGGAAUUGACCCCCGCGGACUUUGAAGCCAAACACAAGUUCUCAUUUGAUAUAACCGGCAACGAACUAAUUCCCUCCGCAAAAUACGAUUUCAAAUUCAAGGACUAUGCGCCGUGGGUGUUCCGCCACCUUCGCGCCAAAUUCAACCUCGAUCCCGCCGACUACCUGAUGUCCCUGACCAGCAAGUAUAUUUUGUCCGAACUGGGCUCACCCGGCAAGAGCGGUAGUUUCUUCUACUUCUCGCGCGACUACAAGUACAUCAUCAAGACGAUCCACCACUCCGAGCACAAGCUUCUCCGGAAGAUCUUGCCCCUGUACUACAAGCACGUGCAAGAAAAUCCCAACACCUUGAUCUCGCAAUUUUACGGCCUGCACCGUGUGAAGAUGGCGUACGGCCGCAAGAUCCACUUCGUCGUCAUGAACAACCUGUUCCCGCCGCACCGCGAUAUUCACCAAACGUUCGAUCUGAAGGGUUCCACUAUCGGCCGUGAUCUGCAGGAGUCUGACCUAGAGAGGAACCCGCGUGCAACCAUGAAGGAUCUGAACUGGGUGCGGAGGAAUCGGCAUCUGCAGUGUGGACCGGAAAGGCGAUUUGACUUUAUCGAGCAAUUGACCAAGGAUGUGGAGUUGCUCAAGAAGCUGAAGAUUAUGGACUAUUCACUCCUGGUUGGGAUCCAUGACGUCGAGCGCGGCAACGAAGAAAAACUGCGCGACAAGACCCUCCAAGUCUUCCAGCCCGGAGGCGACCGCGAAGAAGAGACUAGAGGAAACAUGCUGAUGCGGACACCAUCGAAGCUUGAAAACGAGCGCAAGGCCCGGGAACUCCGCAUGCUGGUCAAGCGGGAGCGGCCUGUGCCUCUCGACAAAGCAGCCGCCAAGAUGCCGGAGGAGGUACUGGACUCACGGAAAAUGAAUCUGAAAUUCUACUCCGACGACGGCGGCUUCCGCGCGACCCGCGAGGACGGCACCUUCGGCGAGGAAAUCUACUACCUGGGCAUCAUCGACUGUCUGACGCACUACGGGAUGGUCAAAAAGAUCGAGAACUUUUUCAAGGGCCUCUCGCACGACCGGACGCAGAUCUCACCGGUUCCGCCGGAGAGCUAUGGCGAUCGCUUCAUCAAUUUCGUGAAGGGUAUCACCAUGUCGAAGGAGGAGGCCGAGCGGCGAGAAUCGAAGGUGUCCGCUCGAGCGUCGCAUGAGAAGCACCAGUCCCGGUCUUCUUCCGUCGAGCGCACCAUGCAGGCGGCGGAGAAAGAGGCGUCGAAUGAUGUAUCUGUUACGCACCCGCGCACUCUGGCCACCGUGUGGGAUCCUGCAGAUGCAGCUGGCCCAGGCCCAACCUCCACCCUGCCGAUUGUCGAUGAAGCAGGCGAGGCCAGCAGCGUCGGUGGCCAUAGCUCGCAUAGUCGACAUGGUCGUCGGCUGUCCGAUAAGGAACUUCCUCCAGUGCCCAGCGACGAGCGCCCGCAGCCCUCUGCCAAGGGGAAGGAAAUCGACCGCGGCGAAGACUACCUGGCGAGCAUGAAGCAGCGGUAA